UUUGAAUAAUUUGAUAAAUUGGGAAAGAAUUUAAACUUGGUGACUUUUGGUUGGCGCAGUUGGUGUAAAAAUUUGGGCCAAAGCCGGGAAAUCACGUGUUUUCGGCGCAAAAAAAUCACUCGGGUGUUGGAAAGGAUGUGUUAAUUGAUUUUGUGCGUAAAAUUCGUAAAAUCGGUGUUUGUGGCCCCGCUCCAGCAUUAUGUAACAGCGCCGCGACAGCCGCCAAAGUCCCUAGGAACAGCUGUUGGUUGGACAACAAAAAUAUUGAAAAUGACAUGAGGUGCGAGUGUCUCAACUGAUUGAAAGCGAAGCAAAACUGAGAGAAACCCGCUGUUGGCUGUUAAUUAUGGACAGGAAAAUGUGCAACAUAACCAACAGUGACAGUGACGAGCAGGAGCUGAAUCCCGAGCCCGGGGAAGUGGAGCUAACCAACCGCGUUUUCGACGUUAACAGCGAGGAGUUCCCGGUGCUGGGGGACCUGGACGAGGACGCGCACACCUGGAGCAACAACCUGUCGGACGACCUCGACGUGGGCAACAUCAGCAACUUUUUCCACCGCGUGUCCUCCGAGCAGGUCAUCUACCAGGCCAAGAAGCGUCUGAAGAUGAUCGGGAAGUACGUGAUGGGGGACCUGCUGGGCGAGGGCUCGUACGGCAAAGUGAAGGAAAUGCUAGACUCGGACACUUUGUGCCGGCGCGCGGUCAAAAUUUUGAAACAGCGCAAGCUGAGGAGGAUACCUAACGGAGUACAAAACGUGGAAAGAGAAAUCAAAUUACUUAAGUCGCUCAAACACAAGAACGUUAUCAGUCUAGUCGACGUGCUGUUCAACGAGGAGAAGCAGAAGAUGUAUCUGAUCAUGGAGUUCUGCGUGGGCAGCCUCCAGGGCAUGCUGGAGUCCACGCCUUACAAAAAAUUCCCCCUGUACCAGGCCCACGGCUACUUCAUCCAGCUGAUCGACGGCCUGGAGUACCUGCACAGCAAGAGGGUCGUCCACAAGGACAUCAAGCCGGGGAACCUGCUCCUCACGUUGGAGGGAGAGUUGAAAAUCUCGGACUUAGGCGUCGCCGAGACAAUCGAUUUUUUCGCAAUAGACGACACGUGUGUUCAAGGCCAAGGUUCGCCGGCUUUUCAGCCCCCCGAGAUCGCCAACGGUUUAGAUUCAUUCCCUGGCUUCAAAGUGGACGUUUGGAGCAGCGGUGUGUCACUAUACAAUUUCGUAACGGGGGAAUACCCUUUCGAAGGUGAUAGUAUUUAUAAAUUAUUCGAAAAUAUAGGGAAAGGUGAAUUCACAAUACCGGAUUAUAUCGAAGAUCCCUUGCGGGAUUUGUUGCUAGGGAUGUUGAGGAAGGAUCCCGAGGAGAGGCUCAGUUUGCAACAAAUUAGGCAACACAUGUGGUUUUCGCGCCGACCGCCCGUCACCGCGCCCCCUGUCCCCAUCCCGCCCUUGCGAAACGACGAGUUUCACUGUAUGACUGUUUUACCAUAUCUUUUCGAUCAUUAUUACGACACUUCGGACACGGCAAAUAACGUCGAGUAUUUCACCGAACGGGAGCUUAACGAAGAAAUUACGAAACGCGAAGCUGAACAAAAUAACGGAAGUGCUCAAACCAACCAAAGUUCCAAGCGUAGAUGGAAGAAGCCCAUUUCGUGUAUCGCAGUUAGAAAAAUCCCUGGUUGUAAGCAAUCUUGACAAAACUUUUGUAUUAUUUUUAUUUAUUGUUAUUAACAUUUUCCGAAAUUACUGAUCGCAUUAAAUCGUUGUUGCAUUGUUUACAAAUUUAUAUUGUUAUAGAUGUUUAAAUCUCAAAUGUUUUUUAUUUUUGUUGAUGUCUACAAAUAGUGGGUGUUUAAUCCGAUCAGUAAUUCGGUUCGAAACACCAGUGGAACAGCAUGAGAGUGCCAUAUGUAAGUUAUUGUGAGAAAAAAUUGAAGAAAUAAAUAAUUACGUUAACUGGUAA